AUGCACCGAUGGACAGCGCUCGCGGCCGUUAUGGUCACCAUCUUCGCAGUCGCUUCCGGCCAGACGAUUCAGUGCUUGAAGGGAGAGGUGGCUGGAGCCAUCACGACCUCGCAGAUUGCCGCAGCCGUACUAUGCGGAAACUGCGCCUACUGCCUGAAGCUGGACGGUCAGCGAGGAGGCCAGACCUACCAGUACCGAGACUGCGGCUGCCUUAACCAGUACCAGUACACCUGCUCGUCCACCGCUACCAUCCAAAACCCCAGCGUCAGCGGCUUCACCGGAAGCGCUUAUUGCUGCAAUGGAAACUCCUGCAACUCGGGCUCCUCGAUGUCGGUGAUGCUCGGCCUAGUUGGAGUCGGGCUCACCGCGCUUUUCAGA